AUGCAACGCCUUUGCUACUACCCGACCCCAGGCGUCUCGUUCAAACUAUACCACGUCCUCGACCGCUUCCACGACUCUGCCACCCGCUGGUCCCCCAUCACGGGCCUCGCAGCCGAAGACACUUCCACAACCCCCGACAACGAGAAAGACUUGGUUCAGAGCAUCUUCGACUAUUUCUGCAACAACCUCGAUCGCCCAAACCCUACCCCUUACGUACCCGUCGUUCUCCGCCAACAUGUGGACAUCGAGGCUUUGAAGCAGCGCGUCGGCGAAAAGAUCCUCGUGCUCGAGAUCGAUGUGGAGAAAAUGAUGCCAGGGGCACGGAUUUAUCCUGUCCGCGAUAUCGUUACGGGAUUCAAUCUUGAGUGGCCGGGCGGUGCGAGGGCGGAGUGGUUGAAGACGUAUUUGAUUCUGCAUCGGGUGCCGAAGGAGGCUAUUACCGUUUUCACGCCUGAUGGAUUGGUGGAGAAAGGCUCGACGGUGGAGCCUAAGCGGUGUUUAGAACGGGAAGUCAGGUGUCAGAAAGAUAAGGCGAUUGAGGAUAAGACUUUUGGCGCACUUCGAGCUCAUCAGGCUGCAGAAGCUCAGGCUGCAGAAGCUCAGGCUGCAGAAGCUCAGGCUGCAGAAGCUCAGGCUACAGGAGCUCAAGCUUUGAGCCCAGUUCAGGAUGUUGGAAGUAGCGAACGGAUCGAAGGAAAACGUCAGCCAUUCUUCAGCCGCUUGUUCAAGGGAAGGAGGCGAUGA